AGUCUCGUUGUUAUUCGCUUCUCGUGGGUCUCUGCUCGAGUUUCUUUACCUCGUACUUCGAGAGGGGAGCUGCUGGCCUCGAAAAUCUGAAUUGGGGGGAGAUUAAACAGCCCUUGAAUCGCUGGCCAGCCCUACCUGUGUCGACUGGCCUGCAUCGCCCGCCAGGCACAUAUCUAUCUAGACGCCCUCGUGCGACGAUCAGACUCGCCAGACCUUCCACACUCCAUCCGCCUGACGAUCUAUGUUGGAGAUAUCUUUGACAUUACCAGACGGACCGGACACAGGAAGGCGGGCGUGGAGAUACCCGCGAUGGGCGACUAUUAUCAUCGCUUUUUAUCCUCCAUGGUUGGCUUGGGGGGCCAGCCAAACCACAACCAGCUCAACAGCUCCGGGCAACUACCUCAACCACAGCUUCUCUCGAUGGCACCGGCACCAGCACCUCACCCUUAUCAGAGCCUGGGAUACUUCACCGGCUUUCCGGAACCUGUCAUGUUCAGUGCGCCGAAGAUGCAGAGGAGCAGGAGGAAGUCAGCCCCUGGUUCAGACCACAUUAAACAUCGCCGCACAAGAUCUGGCUGCUACACUUGCCGCAGCCGGCGCGUGAAGUGCGACGAAGCCCGCCCGAUCUGCGAACGAUGUAGGAAGGGAAAGCGGGAAUGUAACUACCCGGAACCCCCGCCGCCGAAGGGCUCCGGGGCUUCUGGGACCAAGAACACGGCCGGAGCAAGUCAACAGCCGAGCCCGAGUUCUUCCCGCGACGGCGAAGACGAUGACGAGCCCGAACAGGACACCAGGCUAGAUCCUAUCAUGGACGAGGACGAGGAAGAGCCCGAGAGCGCGACCUCACAAACGUCGGCCCCGAACUUCCCCCUCCGGAAGAGAUCAAGCACCACAUCCUCCUUCGGCCGCCCACGUGUCUUUUCCGGGAAUCGUCAGGGGUCGGAGACGCCUUCGUACGAGGGGAACAAGAGCGAGUCGCCGGCCUUGUCAUCUGGUGUCAUCGGUGCCCAGACGCCCGCCAAAUCGCCAUUCCCCGAUGUGCCCACGGUGACAACGCCGUCCCGUCCCGACUGGGCGUUCCUCCCUCGCGAGCUACAGUUCUACCUCGGUUACUUCUACGAGAACAUUACGCACUACCACUACUGCGCCGUGAACGACGCCGACGACUUCUUCCGGUCAAUCUUGACGAGCUUGGCUCUGCGCGACGAAGCGCUGCUCUACGCCUUGGUUGGCUUUUCGGCGUAUCAUCACUCGAUGAGAAAUCCAAGCGGCAAGAUCAACGAGUUUCUGCAGUAUUAUAGCCGGAGCGUUACCCUGCUCCUGGAAUGCAUGAAGAAGGAGAUGCACACGGUUGGAACGCUCUUGACGAUACUGCAGCUUGCCACGAUCGAGGAGUACUUGGGCGAUUGGGUCAACCUGAUGGGCCACCAGAAAGCAGCAUACGAGGUAUUCUCGAAGCUGUUCACGCCGCAGACGGUGAUGCAAACACCCGUCGGGCGCGCGGCUCUGAUGUGGUACGCUCGAUUCGACGUCUUCAUCAGCAUCAUGGGCGGUUUCAAAACCUCCUUGUCCCGAGAGUGGUUCGCGGCCCCGGUGGACUUCUACGAGUCGCGGGCAGCAGAAGAGACUCAGAACCUGGCCUGGAAGACGGAGGCUUGUGCGGCGCGAAUGCGGCAGCUCUCCCAGGAGAUGUCGCAUCUCUUCGCCCAAGGCGCGAAGCAGGAGGUGACGAGGGAGGAGUACGUUGCCGAGCAUCGCAGGUUGUCUGCCGUCUGGGAGGAGUGGAAGAGUUCCUGGGACCCUGCCCUGCAAGACGCUGCCUAUCUUGUGAACGACUUCCCCGGAGACCCGACCCCCGGUCCCGACGACAUUGUCAAUCCUUUUGCGCCCGCAGUCUUGUUUCGCCCGCCGCUCUUCGCCUCGACCCUGAUGGCGUGCGAAUACCACUCGAUCUCGCUCAUGCACGCGAGUCAAGAUGCCGUGAAAUUGUCGGAGCAGGAUCGGGCCAGGCUGACGGAGCAUGCGCGUGCCAUCUGUCAGAUCUUUGAAGCAGUGGAACUGUGGCCUCACAGCCCGGCAGGAAGCCUGACCGUGCUGCAAUCCCCGCUCGCCAUCGCGGCGCUCUACCUACCACGAGAUGCGAAGCACCACAUGUGGAUUAGGAGGAAGUUUGCUAUGCUCGAGUCCAUAGGGUACGUUCGCUCUUCGCUAGAAGAAACAAAUGGUUUCCCCGGAUACACAAAACACAACCGAACAAAGUAGUGGGCGAGGGCAUACCUCGUCCCAGCAAUUUAGGUUCGAGCUGCUACGUCGGGAAGAUCACGGCUAACAAUCG